AUGUCGGUCGCUCUUCCCCUCUACGAAGACGAGGAGUGCAGUGACUACCUGCCUCCGUCGCCUAGACAGGUGCUGCGCAUAGCCAUCAACCUCAAACACCUAAUUGACAACGUGAUUCCCAUCCCCUUGAGAGAGGAACAGAUCACCGGUUUGGACUCAAUCGUCCUGACCGAUAAGGUCAUCCGCGCCGUGCUGGACGCCGCAGGAGGCGAAGGCGCCUCCGCCAGACGGUACCAGGCCUGUUUGGUGUUCUGUCUGCUGAAGGUCAGUGGCUGGUACUACUCUCUGAGUAUCAAGGAGCUAUCAGACGACACGCUCUACUCAACGCGGAUGCUUGCUGCGCAGAAACUCGCAGCUAUACUCAUUGAAAACGAGCAGGACGAAAAGUACCUCUUCAUCUCGAUGCUCUGCAACAGGUACUCCAUCAACCUCCACGACGAGGACACGGAGCCGGAAAACGCGUUGGAACUGGCUGUCGACACCCAUGCCACUAUCAUCAUCUCCUCGGGCGGCUACCAGAGAUGUCUCAAGUGGAUCUGGCGUGGCUGGAUCGUCCAGUCGUCCUCGGACUCGUCUAAUUACGUGCUCUUUAAGGGAACCAGCUACACGGACUUCUUUAAGCACUUUGAUCCUGACAGAAUCAAGACUCCUUUCUACCAGAACAUCUUGGAAAUUGUGUUUUCCGUGCUCUAUCUCGUGCUUUACACCUACAUCAUCAACACCGACACCACCACCGCCCAUUUGGGAGCCGUCGAGGUGGUGUACUACCUGUUCACGCUGGGCUUUGCAAUCGACGAGCUCAUCAAACUGUACCACGUUGGCUACUUCUACGUGCAGUUCUCUAACGCCUUCAACGACGCGUUGUACAUGAUCGUCAUCGCGUCCAUGUCGGUGCGGAUCGGUGCUAUCAGCUCCCAGUCCCUCGACACACGUGACCAGUUCAACGUGAUCUCGUACAGACUGCUGUCGCUGGCCGCUCCGUUCAUGUGGUCGCGGCUGCUCCUGUACCUGGACGUUCUGCAGUUCUGCGGAACAAUGAUUGUGGUUGUCAAGAAAAUGAUCAGAGAGUCGUUCAUCUUCUUCUUCCUGCUGUUCAUCAUCACGAUCGGUUUCCUGCAGGCUUUUAUCGGUUUGGACCAGGCUGACGGAAAAAGAGAACUCACCAGUUUCCUCACCACCACUAUGGUGCAGACCGUGCUGGGCGGCCCUGAUUUCGGCGCAAUCGAGAGAUUCGCAUACCCGUACGGCGCUAUCCUUUAUUAUGCCUACACCUUCAUUGUGGUCCUGGUGUUGCUCAACAUCCUUAUUGCUCUGUACUCCCAGGCUUACGGAGACGUGGUGGAGAACGCCACGGACGAGUACCUGGCUCAGUACUCUGCCAAAAUCCUUAAGUACGUUCGUGCUCCGGACGACAAGAUCUUCUGUCCUCCUUUGAACCUCGUGGAAAUGGUCUUCCUCCAGCUGCCAUUCAGUUGGUGGCUCGACAGAAGACUGUAUCUAUCGCUUUGUGACAAGGUGAUGGUUGUUCUGUACACACCUGUGCUGCUCUUCAUUGCCAGCUACGAGGCACAGAACGCAAAACGCGUCCAGUACAACAGAGCCAGAAAGGUUGCUGACGAUAACAACGAGGACGACACGCCAUGGGAUCUAACUGACGGUUUCGACCAUAACGAUGAAACCGGCCACAAUAUCCGGGCUUCUUUGAAAGUGCAGCAGCGCGCAGAGGCAGAAGACCCAACGUUUGCACGCAAUUUCGCCGCUUGGAACUCCAACCUCGAGAAACUGGCUCCUCCUAUCGGUCCAAGCAAGGAUGCCCGUGUUGCGUGGGAAACUUAUGAGAUUUACAGUAAGCUCGACGAGCUCACCACUCUGGUGAAAAACCUGGAAAAGAAAAUCCAAGGCUAG